AUAAAAGGAAGGGAGUUAACGGAAGGAUUGCACUCCCUUAGCCUCUGCCAAUCAUGCAUCUCUGUAAAGGCUGGAGAUGGCAAAGGCGAAUCCUUGCAAUCGUUUGUUUCGGUUUCUUUCUUUUUCCUCAAGUGAACGCUCAAGCGGAGAAUGAUGUGCGACUGGUAGACGGACCUAACCCGUAUGAAGGACGGCUGGAGGUCUUCAAGGGUGGAGUCUGGCUUAGUGUUUGUAAUUCGUAUGUCUCUAGACAGUUUGGAAGCGUUGUCUGCAAACAGCUAAGCUAUCCAGCCAAUGGCGCUGUGUUGUACAACUCCAACUCCUACGGUCAAGCUCCAGGAGAAAUCCUUAAAAAGAGAAUCAACUGCUACGGACAAGAGGCGUCACUGUCAAACUGUACUUUCACACCACAAGACCAGAACUGCGAUCCUGUCUAUACUCUUGGAGUCAGCUGUGAUACAGGUCUGUCGACGGUGCAGACAGUUCGCCUAGUGAACGGAACCUCUCAGUACGAGGGUCGGGUAGAGGUCUUCAAAGCGGGUGUGUGGGGCAGUGUGACGGAUACCAUAGGUUAUGCAGAGCGACCCUUGCGCAAAGCGAUAGCUGCCAAUGUCGUCUGCAGAGGGCUGUUCGGAACCGGGUUUGGUGGGUCCAUUGUGCCCAAAGGUGAAGCGACUCUGCGUUUUGGAGUAGCCAGAAGGCGAGCCAUCCACAUGACUUACGUCCGCUGCGAAGGAAAUGAGGAGAGUCUGCUGAACUGCUCUUAUUCUGAUGUGUGGUAUCUAUAUGAAUCACUUGAAGACAGCCUUGCGGUCAUUUGCAAACCAGUUCCAAAUGGUUGCAACGUGUACAUUGAAUCACCCAAUGGAACACUGUCAUCACCGGAGCUUCCAGAAAGCGCAGUGUACAACAAUAACACAGACUGCGUGUGGACGAUUGUCAGCAAAUCUGACAAGAUUCAAAUGAGUGUUACAACUGUUCUGAUAAACUCCACAUUAAAUCCGUCAUUAAACACACUUCAGAUUAAAGACAGUGAUGCUGCCUACACUUUGGCCUACAUCCAAGGUCCUACUACAGUGAGGUCCUCAGGAAAAAUACUUUACGUGUGGCUCAAAGCUCAGUCUGGAACAAAAGGAAUUCAAUUUCAGGCCUCUUGGGAUGUUCCCCCAUGUUUUCAACAAUUCUCUAGGACAUAUGAUGGCAUCCAGUCGCCAAAAUACCCCAGUCAGUAUCCGCCUAAUAUGAACUGCACGUAUCAGAUUUUUAAAAGAAAAGGUGUCUUCAUCAGGUUUGUGUUCUAUGAUUUCGCUCUGGAGGAUCCUCAAAACAAUGUAUGUCAAGACUCACUACAGAUAUUUGACGGUGACUCUGAAACAUCUCCUACUGUCGGAGGUCCACUCUGUGGAACAAGUCGACCUGCUGAUAUAAUGACCAGCAUACAGAACUCAACGAUGGUUCUCGUCAGGUUUAGAUCAGAUGCCGUCAAUACGACUGUUGAGAAAGGAUACAACAUUUACUACUAUCAGGUGGAGCCAGAUGCAAUCAGACCAGGUAACUACACUGCUGACAGCGGUACUCUUACAAGUCCUGGCUACCCAGACAUUUACAAAGGCGAAGAAAGUGUCAUCUGGACCAUCACGACAAAGCCCUACAAGACUAUCACACUCGUAUUUUAUGACGCUCACUUGUCGUGCUGCUAUGACAACGCGAUAAAUGUCUAUGACACGAACUUCUAUAGAGGCUAUGAUUUUUUCUGGUAUUCGACGUUUUCGUCGAUUGUUAGUGACGGAAACAGGCUUGAAAUUACUCUGUCUUCCACAUUUGACAACGCAGUGAACAAAUUAAAUGCUACUUGGACAACAGAGUGUAGGCAGGUGUUCCGAAGUACGACUGGAAACAUUACCUCCCCUGAUGACCCAGAUUUUAACACUUCAUCAGCAGCCUGUACUUACAUCAUCAGACAAGAGACCAACAACUUUAUCAGGCUUCAGUUUACUGCAAUCAACUUGGAAAAAGAUCAGAAAUGCAGAAACUACCUAGAGGUACACGAUGGUGGCACAGAAUUGUCUCCCGUGCUUGGUGAAAAGUUCUGCGGGCUGUCCUUUCCCCGGUAUUUGAUCUCCACUCAGAACAUGGUGUUCCUAAAGUUUAGCACACAGAGUGGACAUAACAACUUCAGCCUGACCUACUUCUCGUAUCCAAAAGAUCAAUGGUUCGGAUAUUUUCCUGGAAGCAUUAGCUCUCCUAGUGACGCAGAUUUCAAAACACCACCAACAGGGUGUGGUUACAUUCUUCAAGAAGCGCCAGGCUACUACAUCAGUGUACAUUUCUCAUCAAUCAGCUUUGAAAAAGACAAGACAUGCAGAAACUACAUAGAGGUACACGACGGAAGCACAGAGUUCUUCCCCCUGAUCGGAGAGAGGUAUUGUGGUACGUCACUUCCGCCGACACUGAUCUCUACACAGAAUAUGGUGUUCAUCAAGUUUAGCAGUCAGAUCGGUGUCAACAACUUUACUCUGAACUACGCUUCGCAUCGAAAAGAAUGCGACAAGGGCCUGAUGACGGACAGUGAAGGAAGUUUCACGUCACCUGGCUUUCCUCUUGGGUAUCCUAGCAACACCUACUGCGUGUGGACCAUCAGUGUGAACAAGGCAGCUGUCAUCGACUUAACUUUCGACGACUUCUCUGUUGGCGCUUUAGGAGGUCCCUGCCAGUAUGCUUUUGUAAGGGUCUAUGAUGGGCCAAUGGUGGACGCCAGCAGAGUUAUGACCACCUUGUGUGGAACUACUCUGCCACCAAAGCUGAGGUCCACCGGAAGCAGUCUGACAGUCGUUCUGAACGUCUUCGGAUCACUGGUGAACGCUAACGGCUUCCGAGCGUCAUACAUCGCAAUAAAGCCAAAUGGUGGACUUUCAAAAGGUUUUUAUCCUUACGGUGUCACUGCCAACGAUGGGAUGCUCGGAGCUUCACUGUACGAUGCUAUGACAGUUUGGUUUCCAGACGAUGGCUUUCCGUUUGGAGAGAGUCAGCAGGAGUUUGUCAGUGUUGGUAGGAAUGGUAUCGUGUCCUUUGAAAAGGGAAUUCCUUGGCCGAGACUUGACUCAUCCCGCAAAAUAGUCUGUGCUUACUGCACUUACAUCAACAACGAACAAAGUGUGUACUACCAUGUUUAUACUGACCCCGUCAGCGAUCGUGCAGUACUGGACAAAGCCACGUACGAUGUCCAGGAUUUCACGGGGUCAGCGACCUUCCAGGCGAGCGCGGUCAUUGUAGUCACGUGGGAUCGUGUACAGCAGUACUUCCCGUCUGUCGAUUACAAACCGACUAACAUGGGUGACGCCACGUUUCAAGUGGCCCUCGUCACGGACUGGUUUAACUCUUACGCUCUGCUCCAGUACCGGGUGGGUCACAUGAACUGGCGCUACCCAGGCCGCUGGUACACGAUAGAGAUGGGUGUCGCUAAAGGAUUCAUGACCACCUUCCGACCAAACGUAUACUCAGGAACUGAACUGGCUUACGUCAUCGACAAUUACUAUGGAAACACAGGAUACAAAGGGUACUGGAUUUACGAGUUGGGAAAGAUUCCAACUAGCUACUCUAAGAUCUGUAAAGACUGGUAUCGCAGAAACAAGAAGCUGAAUGCUCAGCGAGAGGUAGGUUUUGCCGCCCUACCCAAGUGCCCCUGCUCCAGGAGAGGCAUCUUCAGAGGUAUCGUCAACCAGUGGAGGUUCCAUCGCAGGGACGAGCAGAACUACUUCGAGUGCUUCAUCCUCAAUGUGGCUCGCACAGGACAGUUCGCUCCCUUCGGAAAGGAAUGUUGCUACUCGACCAAUCCUUGGACACCAAAUACUGACAUGCUCAUCACAACGCCGCCUUUUGCCGGGAAGUCGCUGGCCUUUAACCCCUUAGUCUUCGCUCAAGGGAAGCUGUACGACUCUGAGGACAGGAUCCCACAUGUUGCUUGUUGUGAGCACGGGACAAACAAAGAAUGUCGCCGCUUUUAUAGUCUUCGCCCCAUCGGAGAGUGUGAUCCCAAUCCAUCGUUUCAGUGGAGCCCUUUGUACGGUGACCCGCAAAUAACGACCUUUGACGAGAGGGCGUACCUCUUCAACGGAAUGGGAGAGUUCAUAUUAGUCAGACUGGACACGUCAACCGUCAGUUUCACCCUUCAGGCCCGGACACAGAGGGCGGAGCUUCGGCCGGGAACGCCCACCAACGGGACUGUUUUUACGGCGGUCGGGGCGGAGGAGAACGGAGUGAGGGUCUUCCUGCAGAUCGACCCCAACACUAACACCACACUGAUCGUUUACGUCAACGGAACAGACUACACCACCCGUUUCUCACAAGAGGGAAACAAUUUUACUGUGGAUAACGAUGAUGUUAUGCUUACCCGAGAUAAUGACACUUGUGUUGUUAGCUUUCCGUCUGGUAUUAGCCUGCAAAUUUACAUCCGCAUGAAAGCGUUGGUGAUCGGGAUAGCCAUGCCUCGCAACUUCCAAAAUUUGACUAAAGGGCUGCUAGGAAACUUUAAUGGCGACCGGACAGAUGACUUCAUUCUGCCAAGCGGAGAACAGUUGAACAACAGUCUGAGCGAACGGCAGAUCUUCAACUUGUUUGGCCGUAAAUGGCUGGUCAACACCAACAACAGCGUCAUGCGAUACGAGGCCAGAAUGGGUCCAGCGGACUUCUAUCGCCAAGACUUUCAACCUGUCUUCCUGGAUGAGUUGGACCCGUCUCGACUAACACAAGCCAAGGUUCUGUGUGGAGACACCAACAUGCCCUGCAUCUACGACUUCCUGGCCACUGGAGACCGAAACUUUGCCUUUCAGACGUCAGAUCUCCGAAACCUGUCCGACAUCCUCAUCCAGCAAAGCAAAAACACAGCGCCAGUCCUACAGGUGCCUGACGUUGUUCACGUCACAGUCAACGUUUCUACGGUUUUCGGAGUCACUGGUAUUGAUCCUGACGUCACAGACAGAUUAACAUACCACCUAAUGGACGCUGCAAAUGGAAGUUUGAGUAUCAACCAAUCAUCUGGUGCAGUCACCGUUAAUCUGCGAUCAUUAAGCCCCAUACACAUACAGGUCUACGUUGUGGACUUCCAGGGCGCUCAGUCUCCCGUGGUGUCCGUUCCAAUCGUCGCCUGCUCCGGGUGUUCAGGUCACGGCACGUGCAACAUGUCGGACACUAGAGACGUGCUGGGUGACCACGACUUCCAGUUCGCUGUCUGUCGGUGCGGACCGGCCUGGGCGGGAGACAACUGCGAACUGGACAGAGACGGGUGCAGUGACAGCCCUUGCCACCCGCUUCGGAACUGCACAGACAUACCAGCCAGUCAACAAGGCGCUAGUGAUAUCGGGUACGUUUGUAGCUCGUGUCCACAAGGGUUCUUUAUGAGAAACUCUUCCCGAGAUUGCUACGAUGUGGACGAAUGUAGCGACAUUACGCUGCAUGGGUGCGCCAUGCUGUGCGUCAACACGUACGGCAGCUACGAGUGUUCCUGUCAGGAAGGCUAUCGUCUGAGCACUAACGGCCAUUCCUGUGAUGACGUUAAUGAAUGUGUGGAGAGAACUCACGACUGUCAGCAGAUCUGUAACAAUACUGCUGGCGGCUUCCAGUGCGAGUGCGAGGCAGGUUACACCUACGACACUGCCUCAAAGUCUUGUAUCGCAAUUUUUAACUUUUCCCAGGUUUGCACGAACAGCAACUGUUCCCAGGGCUGCAGAGUGAUGACGGAUGCUGCAAACAUCAGCCACGCGCAGUGUUUCUGUUAUCUCGGUUACGACCUGGACCCCAGAGACAACGUGACCUGCGUGGACCGCGAUGAAUGUCGGGACAAAGUGUGUGACCAGGUGUGUAACAACACGGCGGGCGGCUUCUCCUGCUCCUGCUACGACGGCUUCGCCCUGAACAAGGAUGAGCGCACGUGCUCGGCCUGCCCGUAUCUCAAGUACGGCCCCGAGUGUCGCGAGACGUGCACGUGCAGUGGCAGGAGCGUAGCGUGUCAUCCUGUACGGGGCUGCGUCUGUCAGGACGGCUGGACGGGCACCACGUGCAUGGAUGACGUGGACGAGUGUGUAGAGAACCCGGAUGUGUGCGGCCUCGACCAGACAUGCGUCAACAACAGGGGAUCUUACUCUUGUGUCUGUCGUUCGGGCUACGCUACUAACGAUAGUGGAGUUUGUCAAGAUGUUGACGAGUGUACUACAGACAUCCCAUGUCAAGAAAACGAGCAGUGUACUAACAUUCCGGGUGGCUACUACUGCAGCUGUAAACCAGGCUACACCAGUGCUAAUACAGUAAACUGCACGGACAUUAACGAAUGUGCAAUCAACCGAGGAGACUGCCAGCACGACUGUGUCAACGUCCUCGGCUCCUUCAACUGCGAGUGUAAAUACGGCUACAGACUCAACGCUGACCGCAAGACCUGUUCUCUAGUGCGUGAUGUUUGUACCAACACGACGAAGUGCAGCAAAGCUCACGGAUGUACCCUUGACGAUAACAACAACGACUUGUGUAUCUGUAACAGUGGCUACGUUAUUGACCAGACCACGCAAACCUGCCAAGACGUUAAUGAGUGCACGACGGGUGUGGCCAACUGUUCUUACACCUGUGUUAACACACCUGGCAGCUUCACCUGCAGCUGUCCUGUCGGAAUGAAGAUGGAUAAUGACGGCCUCACGUGCUCUACCUGCUCCCCAGGGACGUUCGGACCUAACUGCACUCAAGUGUGCGCAUGCGCAUCUGGGGCCGAACGCUGUGACCCUGUCUCUGGUUGCGUGUGUCGUCAAGGUUGGGAAGGUGACAAGUGUGACAAAGAUGUUGAUGAGUGUCAGUCAAGGAUGUCGCCUGCUAACUGUACAGGACAGAACGUAGAAUGUGUCAACACUAACGGAGGCUACACGUGCAGGUGUCGUCAGGGAUUCGCUGCGGACAACGACAGCGUGUGUCAAGAUAUCAACGAAUGUUCUGAGCCUGUGUGCGACCAGCAUUGCAACAACACCAUCGGCAGCUACGUUUGCACUUGCGACAACGGCUUCUACUGGAAUACAACCACCCUGACAUGCAAAGAUGUGGACGAAUGCGCGUCCUCGGGGACAAAUGUUUGCACUCAAAGCUGUGAGAACACCGCCGGUUCAUUCCGCUGUUCCUGCAGCGCGUCGGGAUACAUCCUCAACAACGACGGCUUCACGUGUAGAGCGUUGACGCUCUGCCAGCGGACUGACUGUGAUGCUGUUAAUGGUGGAUGUUCUGUAGAAACAGACCAGGAAACUUGCUUCUGUAACAACGGCUAUCACCUGCUUUCUGACGGUGCUUCAUGUGACCUUAAUCCGAUAUUAUCUACAGUAACGGCCAUCAUUUUAGAAGCCACAAGUAGUUCUUCGCAGACCUCAUUGACAGAAGUGACAUCACUGAUCACUGGCAACUCAACGGAGGCGUCUAGUACAACUUUCACAUCAAUGACUUCGACAGCCAACGACGCUGCUCUCUCGACCGACGUCAGCAACACCACAGCCACAGCAGAGCUGACGACGGGGCAGAUCGCCGGCAUCGUCGUUGGAAGUGUUGGAGGUGUCGCCGCUGGUGCAACAGCAGUUGGCUUUGUGGUGCUGAAAGUGAAAGCUCACAUGCUGAUAGGAAUUCAACCGCUGCCUUGAAAACUGUUGUUCCAGCUCAAAGAUGAAAAUAAAGCACUAAGGACUCUUUCAAAAUGUGAUACAAUUACCUCAGAUUACAGAAGGACAAAUGCCUGUGCACGAUUUCUCUGUUAUGAAAUUCAAUUAUCUCUUCUCAUUUAAUGAUAAUAUUUUCAUAUUUUUAUUUUCCAAUAUUAUUUAUAUGACUCUGUCUCAAAUAUAGAAGGACUGGGCUACAUACAUUAGAUCAAUUUUUAAUAGAACUUUCCAUUUAAUUGGAAAAAACGACUGAUACUUCCAGCCGUAUGACUUUUAUUGUAAUCAAAUAAACUGAGUAAAAUUGUGAGUAAAAAUUUAUGUCUAAAUAGUACUUCUUUUAUUUGUUUAUUUAUUAUUCAGAUUUUUAAAGAAAUAUUUGUUAACGUUGUGCCCGUCGCAUCUUAAUUCCUUAUUUUCCAUGACUCUAAUUAUAUAUGGCUUUGUUUCGAUUAUGUUUUAAUUAUAAUGUUAAUUUUAUUUGUGAUAGCAAUGCACUGUCUCCAGAUACUGACGGUUUU